AUGAUCUCCCCGUCCGGUGAAGAUGCAUCGGACGAGUCAUCAUCAUCUGUGACGGCCGCCUCGUCAGAGCUGACCUGCAGCAAUCACGGGGAAUUUCUGGAGGCCGGUUUUGAACGUAACUUUGUUCCUGGACAGUCAACUCUUCGGACAACGGAGGAAGUUCAGACGCUGCUUCUGCACUCAACCAAAAGGCUUCUUGGCCAGGAAGGCGGCAAGAGUUCAAGGAGAGAAGAGACCACGAAUGCCCUGGGGACAGAAAAGAGUGACAGUUUGGUAAGUAUUCGUGUUGCAACUGUCUCCUUAUUUCAAGACAUUGUUGACGAAAAAUAAGUGGACAGGUCUAGUCGGAACCGGUUAUACUAUUGCAUCAAGAGUGCGUGAGCGUCAUAUUCAUUGACUACUUCAAUCCUACAAACUUUUGAAUAUAAAGUUAAACUAUUUCAGUUCUACAAACUUUGUGAAUAUUACCAGAUUCAAGUCCGAAAUACGCGGCGCGUUAAAGUCAUAUGUGAGGAGAAGGAUGGAUUUCCCUAAACUUCGGAGGCAUGGCAUUCUGGGUAGUAUUAACAAUCUCAACCUAGUACUGUUUCGGAGGAAAAAGUCAGUUUGCUGUAGAAAUUACUUCGAUAGAAAAGGUUUAGGUAAUUAUUCAGAAAAAAUACACUUAGCAUAAGAAAAUGACGGAUUGGGAGACUUUGGCUUCAUAAAUCAGGAGAGCAUGCUAGUUUCAGAAUAAGAUCUAUUUGACUAUCAUGCACUGCUCUCAUUGUUUACCAAACGGAGGAGAAGAAAAUUUCGAAUACAUUUCUUUCAAAUAAAACUCCCCACUACGUUUACGAAAAAGUAGAAGUUUUGCUUAGUCUUUACCAGUCUUAUUUUCAAAACACUCGUGCUUUCUUGUACUUUUUUGAAAAAAGACCGUCUAUUUGCAAGCCGUCAAAUUACGUAGAGGCUUCUAAAUAACUCCGGCUACUUAACCAUUGCGUUCAGCGUACCUUUACACCAGUGGAGUUUAUUAAGGACAAUUUCAUCUUUUGUGACAACCGGAGAUGCUGUGAUAUUUCUAUGCACUUCUCACUUGGCGUAAUUGUGUUUACUUCUCACUUUCUGCGGUCCACUGUUUCCUGUUUUCAUGCUCAGCAUUUAUAAUUAGCCGCACAUGAUGUAGACGUCUGAAGUUAUAAAGUAUGGACUUACCAAGGACGAUAUUACUGACUAAAGUACACUUUGUGCAGCGUGCAUGCACAGGUAGAUGCUUCCGGACUUUAGUCAAAUACCUUGCUAGGUAUUAGGGCGUUUCGAAAGUCGAAGUAGCAUUUGAGAACACUAUGGUGUUACGGUUCCCGAUUCUGUUUUCGAAAAUAAGCAUAUCAAAAUAAGGAAGAACCAGCAACGACUACAAUAGGAAACUUUUUCUUAUGCAUAUAGUUUUCGACUCGUAGGCUACUGUUGUUUAUACGGAAAAACUCAGUGAAACAAAAUUUAGGACAAAAAGCAUUUGGAGUUAGUUGUCGUAAAUCUGACUAGAGUAAUCUGCUUCUGAAAGAUAGUCAUCGAAAUUUCCGUACUAGGCUAACUCGGCAGACAUUUUCUGGCUACAUUUCGCUUUUGAUGAAAUGGCUCAAGGCCCCGUCAAGUGUAUGCAGUACUUAAAGAACUGAAUGUGUCGUUGGUUUUUGAAUACAGAAGCUGCAAUUACUCGUAGGUGACUCGACUGCAUAUUCACAGACCUGCACGAUAAUAAACGAAUUCCACUUACACUGUAUGUAAUUACCACUUGUACAAGAUUCGUUCGCGACCCUAGGAGUGAAAAGACCUCUGUGCCCUUGGAAUUUAAGCAAAGUAAACUUUCAGUAUUGCUGUUCUUACCGUUUCGCAGUUACUUGAUAACACAUCUAGCAUUGUAUCUACUUCAGCAUCAAGAAGAUAUAUUUAAAUAUGCCUUCGACCAUUGCCACAAUCCGAUCCUCUGAUAUUCGCUUAAACGUAUAAAGGUAAGAUGCGGUUUGGUAGCCCCACCUGAUGGACACAGAACUGUUGGAGUUGGGGUUAAGGGUUGGGGUUAAGGGCUAGGGUUAAGGGUUAUGAUUAGUGGUUAUAGUUAGGGGUUAGGGUCAAAAGUUAAGGUUAAAGGCUAGGGUUAGCGGUUGGGGUUUAGGAUAAGGGGUUAUGAUUAUGGGUAAGGGUUAGGGUUGGGAGUUAACGCAACUAGUUCUCAAUCAUUGAAAGUACAACCACGCACUCCCAAUAGCUUCUCUUUCGCAUACAACUACUUAACCUCGUCGCCUGUGCUUUCCCCGGCCCCACCUGUAAAAACUCCUAUUACCACCCGUCCCGUAUUAGAGGUGACCGGGGUUUGUUUACUUCAGGUGGGGCUGCCAAACCACAUCCGACCCGUAUGAAUUCAAAUAAGUUUGUUGAAUUAUACGAAUUAAACGCUAAAGCAUAAUUCCGUUAUACAUGCUAAUGCAUAAAAAUUCAUUUUCUAUAAAAGGUUUACUGUAAUUAAGACUUUCUUAUAAUAAUCAAACAAGAAUAUGUUUGAAUUAAUCACAUCUUAAAAGACCCUUGUAAGAAUGUUGGGUGUCCAAACUUAUUAAGAAUUUCAACAAUGCGUCCAGUAGGUCCCAGUCUCUCGGUGACACUCGUGAUUCGCAGACGCUCAGAGCGGACGCCGAGCAAUAUACGCAUCCCUCAUUCCUAAAGGCACAAUACCUUUGACUUUAAAAUAAAGUAUAAAGUAUAUAUAAAAUAAACCUAUAAACACUGUUAACUUUGUACAUUUUCACUUCUUCAUGUAAGUGUAUUAGCCUGACGAAGAAUUACCGAAAACGCGUGUUAGCCAAUUUGACUUUUCAAUUGUAACAUGGGGAUAUUCGCUGAACUUAAAAUAAAUGCUUUUGCGUCCCAAACCAAGAAGUGCUGAGUUUUGGAAAUGUGUGUCAGUGAAAGACAGUCGGGAGUCUAACCAAAAUAGGGUUUACCGCAAACAAAGGCGGUUUACUUCCCUUCUGGUUCAUACUCACACGCCGAACAACUGUCAGUGUAUUUUUCCAGCGUUUGCCAUUUCGUGAUUCCACUCUGUAAUUGGUUUCUCCAAGCAGGCGGGCGGAAGACUCUAGAUUAAACGCCAGCCGUUUGUUGCACACCCACAUCAUAGGAGAACAGGUCAGAAUUUUUACCUCAGUUUGGACGUUCUCUCCUGUCUGGAUCAUUUAACAUUAGCUGUGACUAGAUCUUGCGCAGGGGUACUGAGAGAAGCAAAUAUGCAUGCUAUAUCCUCUAAAAUGAAGCAUGUCUGCGUGAAGAAAAUUACUUCCGAGUUUCGUCACUCUAAGACUAGUGUUAGUGAUUUAACCUUCAGUUCAUAUGUUUUUGCCCUUAGGGUCUGUCGAGAAGCUGAAGACACUGUGCAAUCCCAGUAAUUUCACCUUCCCUACAGUAAUAUGAUCUAUGAACAGUCCAUUGUUGGACACGGAAUUUACUAUCCUCUCCCAUACUAAAUAGCUGCGCCAAAUUCCACGGAGAACAAGUAUUCCCGUAUCCUUACUUCAACCUUAACCCCAAUCCCAACCUGAACACUAGCCCUUCAAACCCUAACCCCAACUCUAGUCCCCCCCACCUGGAAUUUGGCGUAAGGUCUAUCCAGCCAGUCUUGGCAGUAAAGGCAAAACAGAAGUAGCAAGCUUAGGCAUAUACUUAAGGUGUCCGAAUACACUACCGAUGACGAAGUCGUGUAGAACGAAUGUCCUACUUAUCCGUAUGACAUUCACCACUGUCCUGCUAAACAAUCUAACCAGAUGAAGUAGGAGAGUUUUUUCAAAGCCAUCAUUAGUGCGUUGAUAAUGAGACAUCCAUUACUUUCAGAGACGAUAGCUGGUGUAUAGCCCCUGGCAUUUUCUAACUCCUUGAACUCACGCAACGCUUGAUCCCACGACAUGCAUUCACAUUGUUUAACAAUUCAACUCUGUGUUAUUUGCAUCCCAAUCACAUUCUGGACGACCCUGCUGAAAUAAGUAGAUGCUGCCGCAUAUGGCUGUCUUGGACCGGAGGUUCCAGUGAAAAAUGAUACUGUUCAUUUCGCCCUGCAAUCGGGAUAGGUUAGUGGGAGCUACUUCCUUGUUACCUUGACUAUUCUCCCCUUCAGUCUGCGGGACCAUAACCUUAAUUUUGGGGCGUUAGCCUCGGGGCUCUUGAUGGGCAAUUAGCUAGGGUCCAUAUUGCAGGCGUCAAGCCUGGGGUCUGGAUGUGUCGAGCUGAUGAUAACUACGGCGAGGCCGGAAAUGGCCAUUCCGGCCUAGUUCCUCUGUGGCGACAGCACUCCUCGAUGCGCACCCAUAGCAAGUGCCAUACAUGGGGCUUGGUUGCACAUUCAAAUGCGGAUUUGCACCGCGCCAACCACUUGCAUCCGAUACCUCCUCCGAUCUUCUUGAUUCUGUCUUGACAGUAGACCCAGGAGGAUGAGGAUGAAGGGAGUGUGGUAGGUGCUGCGAAAGUGAACUAUCACUAAGAACUGAUUCGCACGCAACCCUCUGCCCUUGCGCCCAUUCUGCUGUGGAAUACACGUUAGACAUCGUCGGUAGAGCCGUCGGGGCCAUUGGAGGGCUUUCGGUGCUCUGAAACAGGUUACUUGUCAUGUAGCCUCAUGCCACUCCGUGUCGCUGGAAAGUUUGGUUGCAGUUUAAUGAAGAAACACGCUUAAAGGAAACGUUAAGCAUCCGAGUUUAUCCAUGACAUUUGUUAUCUCUGUUCCAUGACUCUACUGAAGUGGAUUAAGGGGACGUAGAUGUGAGAGAUAGGGCUAGUUUGAACUUUCUUGCUCUUGAGAGCAGGGAGUAAGCAAGUAGAUGUGAAAAGAUGUUGGAUUAUGAGCACGAAACAUGCUCAUUCAAUAUCCUAAAAUUUUGAAAAGCCAAAUAAGAAUAUCCAACGAUCGACGAAUUCGUAGUAGGGCGCCAGUCUGGUCGCGAACAUGUGAACAAUCAUACGUGAACUGUUGGAGACCGGAACUUGAAACACUACAUCAAAGGCAUGUCUUAUGAGAAAAUUAUUUAACUUAGUUUGAUAAAACGCGUCCACCGCGAGAAAUCGAGGUUUCUUGCGGUUUCAUUACAGUUACUUUUAGUAAGCUGAGAAAAUCCGAAUGUACUCCCACCAGGAAAAAAGACAACUCGUGUGAGUUUUUGGCUUGUGUACGUGUCCAGGAAACGAGGCAAAUCUGUUGGUCUGGACAACAGUGAAUUGGGCUUACCGGAUCGACAAUCCAUACCGAAAUGAGGCGUCCGGACGAGGGUAAAGCAAAGAGACUAUUUCUGAAUGCAGAUAAAACCUAGGGCUAAAAGCAUCCGUAACGACCGGUAGAACGAAUAGUGAGUUCGAUGAAACCGCAACCUGCAAUCGAGCUGAUCAAAAGUAUCUCAUGCAGAUCUGAUGUACAUAGUCUUGGGAAUUGCGGCCACCGACUUGGUUAUGGGACUUAAUCGUCCCCUUGUGCCUUGGGACUUAAAAAGUAGCCCUCGGAGGCAGCGGUAUAGCGAAGGAAUACGGACAAAGAGAAGGGGGACUGGGAUGGCCAUUUCAGGCUUAUCAGUCGCCGUCGCCCAGCCCUACCGAAACCCGGGGUUUUCAGGAUCCUCCUCAAUGUAAGAACAUAGGAAUUAAGAAAGCAUUAGAUUCCCAAACAACUAGGGUUGGGAUUUCACGUCCAGAAAGUCUGGGGUUUAGUAGGGCUGGUGAAGGUGGCUGAGUAACCAGAAAUUACCAUCCCACUCUCUUUUGCCCUUGUCGGUGUUCUGUUCUCUGAGUUCAUGGGGAUAUAGAACGCCGAAAUGGAGGCAGUUAAUGAGUUAAAAGGACUCCAAGUCUAUAAUGAACUGCAGGAUCCGGGUGGAAGAAAGUGUAAGAUGUGGUUAUGUAGCCCCACCUGAUGGGCACAAUACUGUUGUGGUUAGAGUUCAGGGUAAGGGGUUAGGGCAACUAUUUCUCAAAGUACAACGGUGCAUUCCAAAUAGCCUUUCUUUUGCAUACAAAUACUUGACCUCGUCGCCUGGGCGAUCCUCGGCCCCAACUGUACAAACGCCUAUUACCACCGGUACCGUAUUACAGGUGGUCGGGGUUUGUUUACUUCAGGUGGGACUACAUAAGCACAUUUGGCCGGAAAAAAAGAAACCAUAAUUACGCAAUUUUCCAAAUGUCUAUUUCCUAUCUAAUCAUUCUGUUGCUUUGGGAGUCCAAGCAUAAAAGCAGAACGUGAAACAGGUAGGCAUUUUAGGCGGAAAUCAACGAUUUCUUUAUGUAAAGACUACCGGUUUCUACCUAGUUUUUGAAAACUCACCCACAGAUCUCGUCUUCUCCUAUUUUCCUUUCUUCCUCAUACUGCUGUCUAAACGAGCAACAGGACUUAUCCUGCCUAGGUUUUGGUGCUUAGACCUAUUACACGCAUAGGACUCCUUACGUCUGCGCUUUCUCUGAUACUGUAAAUCAUCAGGUUCAAGUGGCACCCUCUACUAAGAUGUAGCUUAAGUGAAAAAGAUCAUAAGUGCCUCCCUGUCUAGAAGUGGAGCUUAGCCGAUCUGCCCGCAGAAUGGAAUAUCCUCGUCCCACUUUGCCGAGAAGCCGUUGCUGGUGGUCGAAGCAUUAACAGCCAAUCACACUCCUCCAGUCUGUCAUUAAUUGUAAUCGCCGACCAUGAUCAUGGUCCUUAUCCCCCUAUGCCUGAGUUCAGUUUGAGGAAUGGAAACUCUCCGUAAAACAAACAACCUUACGCUAAAUUCCAUAGAGUGCGGGUAUUCCCAUGUCCAAACUCUGCCGCCUGCCCCAUCCUAGACGUUAACCAUAGCCAUAAGCUUCGUGGAAUCUAGCCCAAGGGCAUCUAUAAUACGGCGGAGGGGGUUCCUAUUCUUGGGCCGCACCGAUGAUGCUAUCAUAUUUCCUGUACGAAUGCUGGUUGGGGAGCCUAGACAUUCGAUGUGUUACUUUCUUCCCAGAUGCAGUCCAAUGGAGCCCGAAAGGGCUCAACAGAAUCGGCAUUCGCAAAGAAACCUAUCUUCACUGUUGUUCACCAGGCGAUUCGAAUUUUAGAUUCAACAAGUUUGAAGAAUAAGCAGAAAUGUAAUGGACAUACUUUAACCAAAUGGAAGCCUCAUCUUUACCCAGGAUUUGGAGGCUUACGAGGACGACAUAUAUUCACUCCCUAGAGACUGGAUUACGUAGGUAAUACCCUAACCCAAAACUCGUAGACUGUCAAAUCAGGAUGUUAUAUCAUUCAACCAAUAUUUCUCUAUUGCGAACAAAUGUCUGUUAAAAAGUACAUGCAGGUAGACUGAGAAAGCUUGUUUGACAUAAUUUUCCCUCCAAAAGCUUUGUCAAACAGCUGUCCGGCUAAAUCCCUACGGGAGUUAUGGCCGCAUUAAACUAACGUCAAAAUUCGACAAGGGUUGUCAAGUCAUUGCGCUACAAAUGAUGAAAGCCCAAAAGAAUGUUUUAGGUUUUAUAUGACUAGGAAACUGAUAGCACAGUUUACAACGACAGUAAUCUUCGUUACAGUGGCAGGGAUCGACCACAUGCCGAAUUUCUAUCUCCUCGACUAAUGCUCUUCUUUUGUGCAUAUAUUAGUGGAGAGAAGCCGCCAUUUUCGUAAGAAUGUGGCUUCUCCUUGAUAUUCCAGCUACAUUACUCGUGACUGGAAGUGCACAUUAGCGCACGAAAAGGACGAGAACGCGCAACCUGUUAGUUGAAGCGGGGGGAAGGGGGAGUUCGAGCACCGGUUACCAUUUUAGGGUCGCGCCGAGCUCUGGCAAACGGGUUUAUGCUUACAUCACACCUAUGUGCACAGAGCCGUCUGCGAACUGGCACUAACAUUCACCCCAAGUUUAAUAUGCAAAUGAAAAACUAUCCUCGACCUCCGCUGCAUCGAAUUGAAUUAACAUUCCGAGAACCGAAAGCCCGAAAACCUCUUCCUCGCAGUGUCGAGUUCUGCCUCAUCGCGAGGGCCCUCACAUGCACGUGGGGUCGUCGGAAAAGCCACGACGGCGAAGGCUAGUUAGCGGCGACCUGCGCUCUCACAAAAGGCGAAUCGGACUUCGUAUUGUUGAUCUUGCAUUUCUCCGUUUCGCAAUGCCGCCUGCCCACACGCACAUAACCAGGCAAGCGAACAAUUGUGGGCGUGCAGGCUGUAUGACAAAAUCGAAACGCACAGGAUACGACACACUGGUACGCGCUAUGCGGGACGGAGGGAGAGCGAGGGAGAGAGAGCACGAUCGUCCCGCCAAACAAUUCAGUAAGCAUUGCGCGGACACAAUCAUUGCCGCCCUCAGGGAAAAUGCGGUGCGUUCUGCUGAGUGUGCACACGGCGGUUACCACAGGCGUGUUGAUUGUGACAUGCAUUGCAGAAGGCUGAUCGCCACCACCACCACCACCACCACCACCACCACCGCCGCCGCCGCCGCCGCCGCCGCCGCCGCCGCCGCCACCACCGCCGCCGCCGCCGCCACAACCACAAACUCUACGUGAGCGGUGCAAAUUGCACUGCUUUUAAAUUCUUAACCUGAGGCGGGCUGCGAACAGUCGGAGUUAGCAUGCGAUCACCCCUGUGCACAUAGCGAUACAACAGGGAGCGAGGGCUUGUAACCACCGGUGACCACAUAACUGGGUCCAAAGUACAUAAGGCAGAAAUAUUAGGCGCGCUAAGUGAGGGCAGGAUAAGGCUUUUUUGGUGCGGGCAGUAACUAGGGGACUUCGCCAAGAAUAAUACAUGUUCCGCUACUAAUAACCGAGCUGUAGGAUAUGCCAGCAUGUAACUCGCAGCUUGUCGCUUGCGUAAACAUCCAGCGGCUGGUAGGACGCAUUUCCAGUGACUGAACAAUGUUUGUGAGGUCCCUGAUGGAGUGGCGAAAAUCGUCGUAUUGAAUUCCAUUUACAACGCGACUGUUGCGUCAACAUCCCGGGCGCAUACACACAAGAUAUUCGAAACAACCUACGAUCUGUAGGCAUGUUGGAAAUAGGAACUAAUCGGCCUGAAAUGUUCCUGUAAUGAAUUAACGGUGAUCACGGCAUCGAUAAUCAACUUCAAACUGCUAAAGUGGAUUGUAACUUUAAGCGAGGAGUGCUGAUAGGAAGUAAAAAAACAUGGGUGCUUACUUUCAAAGACAACUUUAUAUGGUAAACUGAUUUCCAAUUGGUCGGAAGUAACAACAUAUUAGCCAUUUCGGGUGUGAGCUAUGACAGUGCACAUUUAUAAUGCCGCUUAUAUCCUACGACCGCAUUUUUAACCAAGUCCCUGAAGAGCGUUUUGAAUACUAGAGUUUGGAAACAAGAUAUUUUAUGACAUUUUCGGAAGUAGGCUUUUGAACACGGUUAAAUACAGACGUCGGUGAGUAGACUACUCUAACAGUAAUUAGCUAAAUGUUUUAUCUUUAAUUCAUAUUGAUCCAACUGUGAAAACCCGGCGCCUCGGUGGGAUACGAACUAAGGCCAGCUAGGGGAAGGUUUUAGUACAGCUGACGCUCUAGCCACUCGAGCUACGAGACCCCACUGGGAGACGUGAGUUUAACCAUAUAUGGAUCAGGCUACCCACCCAACCUACUGUAACGUCUGAAAUCCACCAAAUCUAAUACAGUAAGUUGAUUGCCCAAACAAGAUUUCCUAAGAAAUCCACAUAGAAUCCGCCGGAUGACUACCAGGCCCACCUAAUUCAGAGAUGUUUUGGCAGAUUUUGAAUAAUUCAAAUUGACCCAACUGUGAAGAGCUCAGCGCCUUGGUGGGAUUUCAUGGGAAAUCAGUUGGUCUUCAAAUAUCAUCGUCUCAAAUAUGAUCAUACUGGUUGCUUACGAUGAUAAAUAAGCGGGAAUUAGAACCUGUCGAAUAGGGCUGGUAGUCGUGAUUUCGUAAAUACCUACGUAGUUGUGACUUUAUCUAAUAUCUGAAAAACGGCCGGAACUGAGUUGGAUUUUUAAAAUAUAGAUUGAACAUGUUUGCUGGUCAAAACGGACGGGACUCACUUACCAACUUAUCUGUUGAAGCCAUAGACUCCCAAAGAGGGCAGUCCGGUGGUACUCGAAAGCGCCUAAAUAUUUAAACAAGAUUUUUACUUCGAACGCCACUACUCUUUAGUCCCGCGAGAAGAUUUAAAUUCCCAUCAAUAAAGACAUUUAUAGACCUCCUGCUGUCCGAGGCACAGCAAGAUCGUCAACAUUUGUUGUCACCAGUCUAGGUGGAUCAGCGGUUAGUAAGUAAUGUCGACGCCCAGUUACUUUCACAGCAACUUGAUUUUAACUUGCUGUCCUCCAAAUUACCCCUGACGUACUAAACACUGUCAUACAUGAAAAACAUAUAUGUGUACAAAUUCCCUCAUGAAGAUUCCUGUAUGUACAGAAAACACUAAAUCCCAUUACACUAUUGUUUCCGUUCAAUGAGUUUAUACAAAAUUCGAUCAUAGGUCAGAUAUGGUUAUGUAGCCGCACCUGAGGUAAACAAUCCCAACGACCUGUAAUACGAGACCGGUGGUAAUAGGAGUUUCACAGGUGGGGCCGGGGAACGCACGGAAGAAGAGGUCAAGUAGUUGUUUGCAAAAGAAAUGCUAUUGGGAAUGCGCGAUUGUAAUUUAAGUGGUUGAGAAAUAGUUACCCUACCCCCAACCCUAACCCCUAGCCCCAAUUCCAACAGUAUUAUAUCCAUCAGGUGGGGCUACAUAACCACAUCUUACCCGAUCAUAUGCCUCACAAGACGUUUACCGUGGGCAGAUGUGGGCGUUUGGUGAAUGAACUGAAGUUGCUUAGGAACCCAGCGGAAUGUGUGGACAUUAAAUUCGUCUCCCUCAGAAACUGAGAUAGCGCCAAUUAUCCAUAAACGGACUGCUGUACGGUACAUUUAGUAACGUUGAUGUUUUUAACACUUAGAACAAUUCGUUUAUCUGUCUGCUUUCGAAAAAUUUGCCAAUCUGGAAAAACUUCUGUAGCUGUUGGAUUUUUCCAUUUCCAAAUUUUUGAUAUACUUCGCUUUCUUGUAACAAAUAGGGAGUUCAGAGGUUCCACACCUAAGUUUCCCUCAAAUAAACUGAAACUGCAAUGACUUUUAGGGCUGCAAUGAAACCAUCUCGGAUUUUUGGAGUUUUCCGCCGGGUGCAUGUCCUCCGGUUGUGUUCAUGCCUUAUUUGGCUAGACCGUACUCUUAAAAUGCAAUUUUAUCGAUAAGUCACGACCUUUUUACAGAAAGCAGUCAUACUCGGUAGUGUCAUUUGGAAUAAAAUCUACUUGUCAUACGACAAUUCGACCGUCGAUCCCAACUACGUCUACGGUGUUCGGCACAGAAGGGUGGGCACAAUGACGGUGGUUUGCAUGUGAAUUAAUUCGCAGUGACAAUACACUUUCGCGGCACCUACCACACUCUCUUCAUCCCCUUCUUUAUGGGUCUACUACCAAGACAGAAGCAAGAAGAACGGAGGAGGUAUCGGACGCAAGUGGUUGGCGCGGUGCAAAUCUGCAUUUGAAUGUGCCACCACACCCCAUGUAUGACACUUGUUAUGGGCGCGCACUCCAACAACGCCUGCCAGGCCCAGAUCCGGCUCCCUUGUUAAUCCAGUACAAUUACUGCAUGGAGCCCUGUCGAAGGCACUACUGUGCCGUAGAAGAUCACACGAAGCCACCUCCAACGUUCAAACUAAUUUCUGCAAAACACUACGUAGGAAGUGAAGGUCAUUCAUAAACUGGACUUGUAGAGGUGCAUUUAUGAAAAAAGUGGGACGUUCACAUGGUCUAGUGGCAUAUGGGUUGAGACGCUCUGAAAUGUUUGUUGUUCGCAGGGUAAGCGUGUCUACGACGGCGGCAUGAAGAUGAGUCAAGUAUAGGGGUGGAAAACCUGAUGGUUUCUAAAGUUUCUUAUCGGAGGUCAGCUAGUUUUUCGCUAGGUGUAACUAGUAGCGUUAUAACCUUUACCGUGGUGUUUAGACUAGUCCUCGAUAGCCGCACAACAGCAAACCUGUUUUCGCACAGCAGUUAAACAGAUACGCGCUUGAGUAACUGGCAGGAAGCCCUAAGACGCAUACGAUGUCCAAAACAUUUCCCCGAAUGCCUCACUUUACAUGACUUACUGUUGGUUUGCCCUUUUCUCUUCAGGUGCGCGAUCAUCUACAAAUUCCCCUUUGUCAGACGGGGAACCAGGUCACCGGCCAUUUCCGGGCGGGUAGUGUCGGAAGCGACAAUGAAUCUCAGGGUUGA